AUGUCGUCUUUUAAUCAAAUUCAGACAGCUUGUGGUGCGCUUGGUUAUUUCGAUAGUAAAACCUAUUUAAAAGAUGAUGAUUGUGAAGAUGCUUUACGUAUUCUUCUUCGUUGUCUUAAAUAUGAAAAUGAGCGUAAAGAUGCUCGAAUACAAAUGUUUGAAUCAAAAAUAAUUGAAAAUGAUCUUAUACCCAUUCUAAUACAUUUAGAUAGUAAACAUGAUAUAAAAAUUAUUCAUCAUGCUCUAAAAUUACUUGUUAAUUUAACAAAACCACCGUUGGUAUGUUUCGAUGGAAAAAUACCCAAAGAUGUAACAUUAACAAAUGUUUAUUUAAAUAUUGAAUCUCAUUUACAAAAAACUAAAGCUAAUUUAGCAAAUGAAAAACUCUUUGAAUUUCUUGUUACUAAAGUUCAACCUGUACUUGUUAAAGAUUGGCUUGAUCGAUCAGAUGAAGAUGAUUUUAUUGUACAUGCAGUUUUUACACUUGUACGAAAUAUUCUUUCAAUUAAAUCUGAACGACAAAUAUCAGAAGAAAGUGAUAUUAAUGCACAUGAUCUUGUUCUAUGGGCAAUUCAUAAGAGUAAUAUGGAAAAUUUAAUAUUAUUCUGUGGUAAUAAUGCACAAGGAGAUGAACGUAUUAUGAAUAUUCUUGAAAUUGUUGUUUUAAUGUUACGAGAACAAUCGGCAGAAGAAUUGGCUUGUACUGGUGAACAACAAUCAAAAAAUAAACGUCAAAAAAAUAAUGACGCACUUGAUCUUCUUUACGAACGUGAAGUAGCUGAAAAACAACAAUUACAUAAAUUAACUGCUAGUCGAUCAGCAUUUGGUGCUGCUACAUAUGUGAUGUGUAAUGCAAAAGGUAUUGGAGAAAAUCAAUUAAUUUGUCAUCGACCAUUACAAAAUCUUAAUGCAAUGGAAUUUGAUCGAGAAAAACGUCGUUUUCGUCGACCGAAAAAUCGUGCUCCAAUUAAAAAUGAUUUCGAUGAAUCUCAACAUCAUCAUUCAGCAUUAGGCAUUCGAUUAUUUCUUCGAGAAUUUUGUUUAGCAUUCCUAGAUAAUUGUUAUAAUAUCCUUAUGCCACGUGCACGAGAAAUGAUUAUUAAAUCAACAUGUUUACUUAGUGAUGAAACAAAUUUCUUUUGGUCAAUACGAUUUUUUACAGAAUUUAAUCGACAUGCACAUACAUCGAUUGAUCGAAUAAGUGAAACAUUACAAAUGAAUACAUUUCAUUUACUUCAUACAAAAAUUGAUCAUUAUAGAGAAAUGAUUAAAAUUGAUAAACCUGAAGCUAAACUUUGGGCAAAACGACUUCAAAUUGGUUUUGGUGCUUUUAAACAAUAUAUUCUUUGUGUGAAAUCAAUGUUAACAAGUAAAGAUGAACUUGUUGUUCGUGCUGCAACAAUCAUAAAAAACAAUAUUUUCUAUAUGCAAGAAUAUCGUGAACAAAUUUAUCUAUUACUGAAAGAUUAUGAUAAUACAAAAAUGACAAGUGCAUAUCUUCAUGAUCUUGUUGAAAGUACUCAUGAAUUCCUUAAAUUACUUGAAGAACAUACAACAAAAUUAAAGCAUGUUUUUGUUCAACGUUGUCGUACAGCACGUAAACCAGUAACUAAGAAAAAUACAAAGAAAAAGAAUGAUGAAACUAAUGAACCACCUAAUGAACAAUUAGAAGAAGAAUGGCAAAAUCAAAUAUCUGAACGUUUAUCAUGUUUAUUACAAGGUUUAGAAGAGACAACUGUUAAUAAAUCUGAUGUAUGUCCAUUUGAUGCUCUUUCGGAAGUGCCUAUUGAUGAUCAAAGUUUAACUGCUGUUGCUCGAAUUCAACAUGCAUUACGAACAAAUAAAUUAGAUGAAGCUAUUGCACUUUUUCGUGCUUCUCGAGAAGUUUGGCAAACGGAAAAAACAUUUGGCUAUGAAGAUAUUGGAGCUGAAGAAGAAUUUAAUUUACUUCGAGAAAUUUUUAUGACUACAAAAAUGGAUAAUCUAUUACCAAAAAAUACGGAAGAAGAUGAUGAAGAUUUACAUGAAGAAGAACAAGAAGAAGGACAUGAUGAAGAUGAACAAGAAUCAAUGCAUACAAUUGAACGUGAAGAAGAAUUUGAUUUCAAAAAAUUCAUAUCACGUUUCGCCCAUUCAACUGUUCUUUCAUCAUAUAUUGAUGUUUUCCGUACAUAUACAAGCAAUACACCAUAUUUAAAUCAUUGUAUAGUUCGUAUGUUUUAUCGUAUAUCAGUUGAUUGUAAUUAUCCUGGUAUACUUUUUCAAAUGUCAUUAUUUCGUAUAUUACAAAAAUUUUCUCUCGAUCCAUUAUCAAAAUCUCAACAACUUGCUGAAUUAUCACAAUUUGGUAAUUGGUUGCUACGUAAAUUUUUUCAAGCUGCACAAAAUAAUCCAUAUAUCUAUGCUGAAUUACUUUUUUGGAAAGAUCGAAGUGUUGUCGAUGAAAUGCUUGAUGGAUAUCGUCAAACAGAUCGUACGCAUGAAGGAGAAAAAAAAUUAAAAGCAGCGUCAUGGUCGGUUGAACAUCAAAUUGAAUUACGUGAUCUGUUUAGAAAAAUUAAAGAAGAACAAAUAGAAAAUAUUGGUAUUGAAAAAACGGAUAUUGUUGAUCGAAUUCUAUUGGAAUUAACAGAUAAAACAAAAUCAAGACGUCAAAUAAUUAAAGAAUUAAAAAAUCAAGAUUUAAUAAAAAGUACAAGAGAACUUAAAUUAAAAAAAGCACCAGGUCGACGAUCGAAGAAAAAAGAUGCUCGUGAAGAUUCUAAACUUCUUGGUUAUGAUUCUGAUGUGGCAGACAUAGACGAUGAUGAUAAUAGUGAUGAUGAAGGUUCUAUUGAUAAUAAAUCCAUUUCAUCUGAACAUGUUGAAGAUAAAUCUAAUGAUUCAAAUUCAAAAAGUGAUAAUAUUAUUUCAAAAGAAUCACCUAAAAUCAAUAAAAAACAAGCUGAAGAAGACGAAGACGAAGAAGAAGAAUCUUUACCUGUCCUAAAAAAACAAAGUCGUAAAUAUGAUUCAUUAUCAAUGUUCAAUGAUAAAGAUGAUGAUGAUGAUGAUGAUGACGAUAUUUCCUCGUCACGACCUGUAAAAAAAGCACGUCGUCAAUUAUCAUCUUCAAGUGAAGACGACAAUUAA